AAUUGGUUGUGACUGACGGCGAGCGUGUACUGGCUUCUGCACCUCGUAACUCGUAUAUACUGAACAGUGAACCAAACAAGUCCAAGUGACCUUAAUGUGAGACAGACGCUAGCACACAGUAUAAGGAGUGAACUCAAGUGAUCUAUAUAUAUUGGUUUACUUGUUGUACUAAGGAGGUGAAUCGUUGUGAAAAUAUCUGAAAAUAUCGAUAAUUCUUAGUGUAGAGAAAGGCAUAAGGACGUCAGAACAAUUAAGACUAAAAAACCCACGCAAAAUAUAGAUAAAAAUUACGAAUACGAAGUUAAAUUGGACGUAACAAGAUAAAAGAUGAUGAAGGUAUUGAGACGGUGAACCAGUGUGAGUGGCGGCAGUGUGUAGGAUGAGUCGGUUGGGAGGACAGCUGGUGGUGGUGGUGGUGCUGGUGUGUAUGGUGGUGACCCAGAGAGUAGCUGCUCCUGGAAGCUCACACCCGUCACGACAUCAACCACACCCCUCACAACAUCAACCACACCCCUCACAACAUCAACCACACCCGACACAAUAUCAACCACACCCCUCACACCAUCAACCACACCCCUCACACCAUCCACCACAUCCGUCACACCAUCUACACCAUCACCGUGAUCCUGCCAGGGGGAACGAAGGAGCCAAUAUUCUCAUCCUUCAUCCAAUCUACGCUGGGAGCCAUGAACUGACCCUCAGGAGGUUCGGGGAGGAUCUGGUCAAACGAGGUCACCGCAUCACACAGAUUAGAUGGAGGUCAAGCAAGACACAGGAAGUGAACACCACCGUUGACGUCAUCACACUCAGCGCCGACAACCGCGACCUCAGGUAUCCGUAUAUGCAGCCAGACGGGACUUUCCACCCACCUACUACCAUGUUGUGGGAGAGACCAAGACACAUGUGGCAGAUCCCGACGGAUGUGUUUCGACUCAUCGACGCCCACUGCCUCACGCUGCUGGGGGACGUACAACUGAUCAGGAGGCUGAGACGGGCCAACUUCUCCCUGGCUCUGGUGGACAUCAUCGGUAACGAGUGCUCCCUGGCCCUCGCUCACUCCCUCGGUCUGCCCGUCGUCGGCUUCUGGGGCUUCUCCUUCCAGGGGGGCGAGUCAAGGGCAGCGGGUGUGUUCCAGUCUCCGGCUCUGGUGCCCAACCUGUUGAGCGAGGUGGGGGCCACCAUGACCUUCCUGGAGCGGGUGUGGAACACUGUUGUCUUGCUGGCUGAGACUGUUGUCAUCACCUACCACUUCAGCCUCAUAGACAGCCACAUCAAGAGGCUGGUGCCCGGGUGUCCAGGGAGCCGAGACCUGCUGCGGGAUAUGGAGGUGAUACUCGUCCACUCUCACUGGUUCAUCGACUACCCUAAGCUGAUGCCUCCACACGUCCAGUACAUCGGCUGUAUCCAGUGUGGUCCUCCUGCCUCCCUACCUCACGAGAUUGAUCGAUGGGUGAGCGAGGCAGAGUCGGGGGUUGUGGUGUUCUCGCUGGGGUACACUGGUUACGAGGCCACCACCGUCCCGGAACACGUGAUGGACGCCUUCAUCACCGCCUUCGCCAGGUUGGAACAGCGGGUGCUGGUCAGGUUCAACGCGGCGCUUCUACUUUACGUCCCUGACAACGUGAUGGUGGUGGAUUGGUUCCCUCAACAUGACGUCCUCGGUCACCCCAACACCGUGCUGUUCGUGACCCACUGUGGGCAGAACGGGGUGAACGAGGCGGUGUACCAUGGGGUGCCCAUCGUCGCCCUCCCAGUGUUCGCUGACCAGGGCGACAAUGCCAGACGUGUGGUGGACCGGGGGCUGGGCCUGAUGAUACACAAGGAGGCCAUCACCCACGACCUGGCCUAUACUACCAUCACCACCGUCCUCAACCACACCAGGUAUAGAAAGACGGCAGCGAGGUUCUCCGCCCAAUGGAAGGAGGAGGAGUCUGGGGCUGAGCGGGCGUCGCGGUGGGUGGAACGGGUCCACCGUCACGGCCCCCUGACGCACCUCCGUAUGCCUGGCGCUCACCUCUCCUUCUCUCAGUAUUUCGCCCUUGACGUGGCUGCCUUCCUGCUGCUACUGGGCUUUAUCUCCUGCUACCUCGCCUACUGCCUCGCCUACUGCCUCUACUCCACCACCAGUUCAUUCACUCGUAGGUGGAAAAAGGAGAAGAUGCAGUAGACCUUGUUAUUAAAAGUGAUAAAUGUAGUUGUUUUACUCGAUGCGACUUUAAUCCAUCAACAAGUAAUUAAUUAAUGUAUUUACGGUGAUGUGUCGUCAUAAAUAGCUAAACAAUCAAAAACCUUUAGUGAAUAGUGAUCAAAUUACACCAAACUUUCUCCUUCUACAUACAAAAAAGUGUACAAAGAUUAUUAUUUUCAUAAGUUGUCGCCCAGAUACUUGCAAGAUGUUGUCAGUCUUGCGAGUGAGGGACUAUAGACCCAAAACAAAGUAGCAACGUGUGCUAUAGUAGUCUGUACAUAGCCUGUAUAUAGUCUUGAUGUUGUUUUAGGAUAUGUGUGGACGGCUGAGGUGAGAGAGUGUUACCAUCCCUACGCUCCUGUCCGUCAAGAGAUAUUAUUUACAUCAUAGACUUCCACUUUUGUGUCUCGUACGUGAAGCCUCGAGUCCUGUGACAUACAUGUUGCAAUAAAUGAAUCCUCUUGAUCUCAGUUUACUCGAGUCAGUAUUUCAGAAAGUGAAGCCUCAGGAUUUCAGUAGAAUGUGGAGAUAGAGAACGAUCUCCCAGCUGCACUAUCUUGGGGAUUUACAGUGAUUCAACAACAGAUACCCCGAGGCUUCAGAUCCCUAGAAAUAUAGUGCUGCGCGUCUUGUCAUUCUGGAGGUGCAGUAUCCCAGAUAGUGAAUCCUCUGGCUUCCACCCUAUAGGUAUUGUAUGACGGUUCAUUAGGGACAGUGUGGAUACAACGCAGUGUGUACUAAGCCCUCAGGAUGUAAGGAGAUUGUAUUGUCAGUAUCCCAUUUAUAGUAAGGAGGAUUGGGGAUGCCCUGGGAUCGAAUCAUCAACUCUUAGGACAAAAGGCGGUUGUUGUAUCCACUCGUCCACCUCAUUUCACCCCCUUUUGUAGGAUCACAAUAUUCUAGACAGUUAAUAUCUAAAAGUUAGUUUCUUGAACAUACAACGUCCUGGAAACAGAGUCAUGUGGACUUGAACUGUCCACAUUUAAGUACUUCAGAGAAAAAUUAUUCCAUGACACUUGCAGCUUGUGAAGUAAUCCUGACGUCAACUUUUUAGACGAAAUAAUAAGCACCAACUCCUGUGUCUGACUCUUUGCUAUAGUCAUAUAUUUACAUUUGUUGCAAUAUGUAUUUAAGUGUUGGUUUUUACCUAUUGUUUGUAAUCUUUUCUGUGUACAUUUGAUACUUCAAUAAAAUCCUGCAUAC